CCUCCGCCGCCGCCGCAGCCCCAGCAGGGCAAUGGGCUGCCGGCGGCCGGGCGCCCCAAGGAGAAGAAGCGUUCGCGGGAGAACAAAGAGGUGCCGAGGGCCAGCCUGCUUAGCUUCCAGGACGAGGAGGAGGAAACUGAAGAAGUUUUCAAAGUGAAGAAAUCAAGUUACAGCAAAAAGAUUGUAAAACAGUUGAAGAAAGAAUACAAAGAAGAUCUUGAAAAAUCAAAAGUUAGAACAGAGGUCAAUUCUCCAACAGAUGUUGAAGCACCACUAGAAAAGACAGGACAGAAUAAGGAUAUAGGCCAAGAAGAUGGGACUGCAAACAGUGAGCAUGGUGAGGAAGAAAUGGAAGUUGAAAGUGAGAAGGAAGAAGAAAAACCAAAAGCAGGUGGUGCUUUUUCAAGUGCUCUGUCAUCACUGAAUGUUCUCCGCCCAGGAGAAAUUCCAGAUGCUGCUUUUAUUCAUGCCGCUAGGAAAAAGCGUCAAAUGGCUCGUGAACUUGGAGACUUUACCCCCGUUGACAGUGAACCAGGUAAAAGCCGCCUUGUUCGAGAAGAUGAAAAUGAUGCCAGUGAUGAUGAAGAUGAUGACGAGAAGAGGAGGAUAGUUUUUACAGUGAAGGAAAAAUCCCAGAGGCAAAAGAUUGCUGAGGAAAUAGGUAUUGAAGGAAGCGAUGAUGAAGCACUAGUGGCAGGGGAGCAAGAUGAAGAGCUCAGUAGAUGGGAGCAAGAGCAGAUACGAAAAGGAAUCAACAUACCCCAGGUUCAACCAAGUCAGCCUGCAGAAGUGAAUAAUGUAUACUACCAGAACACUUACCAGACACUGUCUUACGGUUCCUCAUAUGGCAUUCCAUACACCUAUGCUGCGUAUGGAUCAUCAGAAAACAAGUCUCAAAAAACAGAUAAUACAGUUCCUUUCAAAACUCCCAGUAAUGAGAUGACUCCUGUUACUAUUGAUUUGGUAAAGAAACAGCUUAAAGACAGGUUGGACUCUAUGAAAGAAAUUCACAAAGCUAAUCGGCAGCAAUAUGAGAAACACCAGCAAAGCCAAGAGGACUCUACCAAGGCAAUUGAAAGAUUAGAAGGGUCUUCUGGGGGUAUUGGUGAACGGUAUAAGUUUUUGCAAGAAAUGCGAGGGUAUGUCCAAGACUUGCUUGAGUGUUUCAGUGAAAAGGUGCCUCUGAUUAACGAACUUGAAUCUGCAAUGCACCAGCUGUACAAACAGCGAGCUUCCCGCCUUGUCCAAAGACGACAAGAUGAUAUUAAAGAUGAAUCUUCGGAGUUUUCAAGCCAUUCAAAUAAAGCUCUCAUGGCUCCAAAUCUUGAUUCUUUUGGGCGAGACAGAGUGAUCUAUCAAGAACAAGUCAAGCGUCGAACUGCAGAAAGAGAGGCUAGAAGAGCUCGCCGUAGACAAGCAAGAGAGCAAACUGGGAAGAUGGCAGAUCACCUUGAAGGCCUUUCCAGUGAUGACGAGGAAACUUCAACAGAUAUCACAAACUUCAACUUGGAGCGAGAUCGUAUAUUGAAAGAAUCCAGCAAAGUUUUCGAAGAUGUUUUGGAAAGCUUUUACUCGAUUGAUUGCAUUAAGUCACAGUUUGAAGCUUGGCGCUCCAAGUACUUUGCUUCUUAUAAGGAUGCUUAUAUUGGCCUCUGUUUACCAAAGUUGUUUAACCCUUUAAUCAGACUUCAGCUGCUUACCUGGACUCCUUUGGAGGGCAAGUGUCGAGAUUUUGAAACAAUGCUGUGGUUUGAGUCAUUGCUGUUUUAUGGCUGUGAAGAGCAGGAGCAGGUGAAAGAUGAUGCUGAUAUUUCACUGUUGCCUACCAUUGUAGAGAGAGUUGUUCUUCCUAAAUUAACAGUAAUUUCUGAAAAUAUCUGGGAUCCCUUUUCUACUACACAAACGUCUAGAAUGGUAGCAAUUGUACAGAAACUAAUAGAUGGAUAUCCUUCAGUGGUGAAUGCAGAAAACAAAAACACACAAAUGCUUUUAAAGGCGUUGUUGCUAAGAAUGAGGAGAACACUAGAUGAUGAUGUAUUCAUGCCCUUGUAUCCAAAAAACAUCUUAGAAAACAAGAACUCUGGUCCAUAUUUGUUUUUCCAACGUCAGUUUUGGUCCUCUGUUAAGUUAUUGGGAAACUUUCUCCAGUGGUAUGGAAUCCUUUCAAACAAAACUCUGCAGGAGCUGUCCAUAGAUGGAUUGCUAAAUAGAUACAUUCUUAUGGCUUUUCAAAACUCAGAGUAUGGAGAGGACAGCAUUAAGAAAGCUCAAAGUGUAAUUGCUUGCUUCCCUAAGCAGUGGUUCACUAAUCUAACAGGAGACAAGACUAUUUCCCAGCUAGAAAACUUCUGUAGAUACCUUGUUCACCUGGCUGAUACAAUUUACAGAAACAGCAUUGGUUCCUCUGAUGUAGAGAAGAGAAAUGCAAGGGAGCACAUCAAGCAGAUCAUAAAGCUUCUAGCAAGUGUCCGAGCCCUGGAUCAUGCCAUUACUGUUGCAAAUGAUCACAAUGUAAAAGAGUUCAAGAUUCUAAUAGAAGGAAAAUAGACUUUUACCACCACUCAUUUUGAGCUUUAAAACCAUUCCUGAUGUGUAAUUUAUGUACAUAUGUAAAGUUUCUUAAACUGUAAAGUAUUGAUCUUUGUUUUAAUACAAAGUGCAUUCUUAUAUACAGCAUCCUUAAAAAUAAAAUCAUUGACUUCAUUGAAAACAGAAAUGGAAUCCCAAGGUUGUCAUCUUUCUAGAAACCAGAUUUUCCCUCAGGUUUCUCAAAAUCUUGUUCACAAAAAUACUUUGUGCCCUUAAUCAGUGGUCAUCUACUCCUGUUAAUUGUUCCAUGGUUAACUGGAAUGUAUAGAAUAGAUUGUGUAAUACAAUGUAUGCAUAUAUUUAUA